CUUGAUGAGGAGCUUGAUGUACGGGUUCGUCGAGUACGUGUGGUGGCGCACCACGCGCUUCUUCUUCUGCACGCCGGUGAGGUCAACGCCCAUGGUUGGCUGGUUUCGAUCGACGGCGGAACUACGAGCACACACUACACGAGAGGUACAACAGCAGGCGGGGUGGUGAAGGAGGGAGAGGAGAAGUGCACCACAGAGACACAGACAGAGAGGCAGACGGACAGACAGACAGACGGCGCCACGCAGGCCGUUGCGCACGAGUUGCACGUGGCCCAGUCACAGACACAAGUGCACACAUUGCUCGCCUCCGCCCCCCCCCCAAAAAAAAAAAAGUGA